UACACGAGCGGUGCCUUGUUUUGGUCUGUUACGGCGUCGCAAAAAAGAAAACUCAGCGAGUUUUAGAGGAACUUAUGCAGCAAUUCAAACGGAUUUGGUACGUUUCCGUUGUAAAUAACGGUCAGAUGCAUACUUUGCGUCGGUGCUUUAUGUAAUUGCACUUUUGGGAUUUUUGCAGACAGCGCUUUGAUCUCCGGGGUAAAUGGGGUCGUGCGCUGCUGACUGCGCUUGUUUUGAUAAUGCAUUCGGAUAUCCGGACUGAAAAGGACACUGUUUUGUAAUUUUUACUGUUUUGUGUUUUUUACAUCAUAAACUUGGUGCUUUCCGGUACUUGCAAUAUUUUUGAGGAUGUCCGAUGGAUUAUUUAAACUUAGUUGUAACAAUGUAAUGCUGCUGAAAAAAAAUCCAAGUGUACUACUGUAUCGAUGAACUGUUAUAAUUGAAGCUCUUGAAGGAGCGCACAAAAGUGACCUGUUUAAGUGCUAUUUUUCUAUUUUUACUCAAUGGAACCUUUUUUGUCUCAGCGCUCACAUUUGGCGAAGAGUACAUGCAUAAGGCUUUGACUUUCGAUCCUGCAGUUUUUCUAUAAUUUAUUUUUUAUACCAUGGCAAGCCCCACCACGGAGCAAGGAUGUUUUUCGGACGUGAAGAAGGUGGGUUAUUUAAGGAAACCCAAAAGCAUGCACAAAAGGUUUUUUGUACUGAGGGCGGCGAGCGCCUCCGGACCGUCCCGACUGGAGUACUAUGAAAACGAGAAGAAGUGGAGACACAAGUCUGGAGCACCGAAACGGUCCAUUCCGCUGGAGAGCUGCUUUAACAUCAACAAAAGAGCGGAUUCUAAAAACAAACAUCUCGUCGCGCUUUAUACCAAGGAUGAGUACUUCGCCAUCGCUGCUGACAGCGAGGUAGAGCAGGAGUCGUGGUAUCAAGCCCUGGUUGAUCUUCAUAACAGAGGUAAGGUCCACGAAACUGCCGCGGGCCGCGGAGUUGGCGAGGAUAAGUACGGCGAAGCCACGCCGGGACCUGCCUUCAAAGAGGUUUGGCAGGUUAUUUUGAAAGCAAAGGGUCUGGGUCACGCAAAGAACUUGAUUGGUGUUUACAGAUUAUACAGCGCUUUGAUCUCCGGGGUAAAUGGGGUCGUGCGCUGCUGA